AUGGAAUACAAAGCGUAUCCUAUAAGAUGGGCCUGGCUGACAAUUUUGUGGAUAGGAAUGUUCAAUCACCAGUUUACCACUUUAUCGUAUGGAAUCAUUAACAACGUUGUUUCGUAUUAUUUUAAAAUCGGUGCAUACGAAGUAGAUAUACUUGGUAUCAUAAGCGAUAUUUUCAGUACCAUCGCUCCAUUUAUUGUUGUUGUAACUGGAAGAAUCACAGGAGUCCGUUCUUUGUUCUUAUAUGGUCUCUUUGCAGCGGUGAUCGGAAUAGGAGCAGACAUAAUUGGAUUUAUGUCUAGAAACUUUUACUGGAUGGUUUUGAUGGGUCAGGCGUUAAUUGGGAUAUCAGGCUCCAUAUUCUAUCUUCUUGUAUUUGAGUUAGCAGCUUCAUGGUUUCCUGCAAACGAAAGAGCAACAGCUAUUGGAAUUGCUUGGACGGCAGACAAUCUAGGUGGUACAUUAUCUGCACUCUAUUUUCCUUAUGUGCUGCAAAACACUUCAGAUGCCACUGUUGCCUUCCUGAAAUUGGCCACAAUACGAAACACAUAUUUUACGAGUUUUGGUCUUAUAUUUGUCCUGUUAUUAUUCUCACUUGUAGUUGGAUGGCUGUACAUUGCCGAUCACCCACCUUCUCCCCCAUCUGCAUCUCAACAGACGCUGCUGGAAAGCGAAAGAGUAAACAGUAUGCAAACUAUCGACAUCAUCAGAAAUCUUACAGUUGUUCGAAAUUUAUGUUUAAACUCAGAUUUUGCGAUAAUUACUAUUGUUAGAGGUUUUCAGUUUUCAGUUUUUGGUUUGACAAUCAUUCUUGUAUCGUCAAUGCUUUUACGGACUUUUCCUGAUUUGUCGGAUCAGUUCGGUGGAAAUGUAAGAACAAUGGGAACAAUUUUAGCAUCUAUUCUAUCUAUACUAGUGGGAAGGUACCUAGACAAAUACGGACACUACAAAGGAAUGUGCAUUGCGGUAUUGACGGGUAUAUUCGUUUCUUCUGUGUCUGUAUACUUUGGUCAUCUGUUCAAAGAAAUUUAUACAGUCGCGAUAUUUUACAUUGUGGUAACUGGAAUACGAGGAACUACAGCUGUUUGUCUUGGCGAAUAUCUUUUGGAGGUAACAUAUCCUACAAACAAUGUUGUUGUUAUGGCUUUAUACAAUAUUCCGUCGCAACUGGUUACAGUCAUCAUGGUAUCUUUGGAACGAUUUCUCAUGGAACGAUAUAACGAAACGUUUGCAGUUUUUGUUCCCAUAAUAGCUAAUGGAUUAUCAGUUCUGCUUCUCGCGUGCACAACGUCUAACUACAGAAGAUCCAAAAUAGCAACAAAGUUUACUAAAACUCGAGAUGCUGAAGAAGAACCAUUAACAAAAACUAAUCCCUAACAUCGCUAAUCUAUAUAUAUUACACAACCACUUAAACGUUUGCUAAGAAGAACAAAACAUAUUUUGUAUGAAAAAAGAUAUAAAUAUGCAAAAAAAUAUGUACCGAUAGAAAGUUUUCUAAAAUAGGGUAAUAUUGAUAACAUAGUGCUUGUUUCCGUAAUGUAUAUAAGGGUGUAGCGAGUUUCUGAGGCCGCUUCUGGGUGCUUUUCAUCUUUUUCUUAAAGAUAUAAUUUAGUUCGGAAAUAGAAUUUAUGAAUUCAAAUAGUGAUUUAUUAUUUACUUGUUCAGGAGGAUUGUCAGUUUGACACGUUCAAACAUGAACUUUAGCAAAUUUUAUAGAGAUCACGGGAAUAUCAGUAACCAAGUUACACAAGCUCGAUUUUGAAGUCUUUUGUUUUUAUGGUAUGUAGUUUGGGGAAAUACGUAAAAGUAAAAUGUCAAAUUUCAUUAGCUAAUUAUUAAAUUUUUGGCAAUUUCGCUAAACUUGAUUUCUCCUCAGGCAUAUAUAUUUCUCGUCCUGAUGUUGGCCGCUGGAUCUCGAUGUCUAAAUACAAAAUAUUGUGAAUCAUUCAUUUAUUCACUGAAGAUACACCUCUUAAUUAAUCUUACCUGGUACGGGUGACUAGAAAUAUAUUUAUU